CAGCAAUACUAAAACAAAGAUGGCGGCGGAGCUCAGGAAAACCUCUCCUGACUCUGUGCCCUGUUCUACCGCCUCUAACCCCAAAUCACCGCUGCGAUGGGGACUCCUUCUGGUCGUGUGGGCCCUGGCCGUGGACUCCGCCCGGGCCACGACUCACUGGGUGGUCACGGAGGACGGCAAGAUCCAGCAGCAGGUGGAUUCUCCAUUAAACCUUAAGCAUCCUCAUGAUGUGGUGAUCUUCAUGAGACAAGAGGCCCGAGUCAACUACCUCAAAAAACUAGAGAAGCAGCUGGUUGCUCAGAAGAUCCACAUUGAAGAGAAUGAGGACAGGGACACGGGGCUGGAGCAGAGACACUACAAGGAGGAUGCAGACUGUGUCCUAGCCAAAGUCCCUCUGGGAGACCUGGACCUGUACGACGGGACCUACAUCUCCCUGGAGAGCAAGCACAUAAGUCCUGAAGAUUAUGUGGACUCACGCUCAGCUCUACCUCCAGACCUGCAAACUCCAGACUGCACCAAAGUUUUUGAGCUUCCCUACAGUAUCCACGCGUUCCAGCACCUCCGGGGUGUGCAGGAGCGGGCUAACCUCACCUCGCCUCUGCUUUCUAAAGAUGACCCAAUUUUUCACUCUUUAUCGAAAAAGUUGGGCCACAGUAUAAAUGAGGUGGGCCAUCGCAUUCAUCUUGCACUGCAGAGGAACUCGUCCUCGUGGGUGCUCUACAACAUGGCGUCAUUCUUCUGGAGGAUAAAGAAUGAGCCUCAGAAGGCAGUUGACUGUGUGGUGCGAGCUCUGCAUUUCUCUCCCAGACAGCACAAGGAUGUAGCUCUGGUGAAUAUGGCUAACAUCCUGCACCGUGCCCACUACUCUGCAGAUGCAGCCAUUCUAGCACAUGCUGCGCUUGACCUGACCUCUGACCUCUUCACCAGCCACUACACGCUGGGCAACAUCUAUGCUAUGCUGGGGGAGUAUAACCACUCAGUCCUGUGCUAUGAGCAGGCCCUGCAGACCCUGCCCGACUUUGAGCCUGGCAUCAGGAGGAAGCAUGCAGUGCUCUGUCAGCAGAAGCUAGAGCAGCGCCUAGAGGCUCAGCACCGAUCACUGCAACGAACACUAAAUGAAUUGAAAGAAUACCAGAAGCAGCACGACCAUUAUCUUCGCCAGCAAGAGGCGUUAGACAAGCACAAACUCCUGCAGGAAGAACAGAUCCUGAGGAAUAUUAUCCACGAGACUCAGAUGGCAAAGGAAGCCCAACUCGGAAACCAUCAGAUGUGUCGUCUGGGCCAGCAGCAGCGCAGCCUCCAUUGUCCAUUUGACCUGCCUGUGCGCUACCACAGAGGAGACUUAUUUGAACACGUGCACUAUGUACAAUUUGGGGAGGAGGUAUCUGUGGCCUCCAGUGUGGCCCUAGUGUCUGACCACGCCUCAAACCAGAGCUCUCCAUCUCCAUGGUUACACCGCUCUGUCACCAAAGAACAAGACCCAGCAGCCGCACUAUGGGGCAGCCAUCCUGAUGCACAGCAGGACAGUCAUAAAACGCUGUGGCCCCAGAGAUCAGACUGUGCCUCUAAAUACCCAAGUGUGCCCCCUGCUGGAGAACUGCCCACAUUUUACAUUCCUCCUGAAACAUAUGGCCUCAGCCCUGUGGCGAGUGUACUAUAUGAAGGCAGCCCCCCUCAGAGCUCUGCUGUCCCAGACUGUGGCCCUGUGUUCCAGCCGUACCCCACUGCCCUCCCUGCCUCUCUGGACUGGCCCCUGGAUGGGAACCAGCAGCCAGAUCCUUACGCUGCACAGAUAUUGCAGUUGCGCAGUGAGGGGUGGACUCUGGACCAGGUCGGCAACAGAAUCGCCCAAACUUUGAAAGAAGUAAAAUCCUCAGUCCCGCGCUGGCUGCUUCUGAACGAGGCAGCUCUGUUUUGGCGUGCUAAAGGUAAUGGCAGCAGAGCCCUUCAGUGCCUGAGGAAGGUGCUUAGCUCUGCCCCCCCAGCUCACCGCUCCCUGGGCUUAGCCAAUGCAGCUAACCUGCUGCUGCACCAUGGACUCACCUCCAAUGCACAUGCACUUCUGGAGCAGUCUCUGUCUCUCAAUGCCUCUGAGCCCCACUCCCUCCUGAGCAUGGUGGUGGUGCAUGUUGCCCAGGGUAACAUCACCGGGGCUCUGGACCUGUUCCGCUCAGCCCUGGACAUGGCCCUCUCUGGCUCCUCCUCAGGCUCGUCACUUUCCUCCUUCUCCUCCUGUGGACAAUGCGUGUCCAGUCUGCCUCUGCUGCGCUGUCUGCAGUUCUACCCUUUCCUCUACAACCUGUCACACCGCCAGUCAUGCUCACAGGGAGGGGUGUGCCUGGCAGAGGAGGACCUGGGCAUUCACCUGGAGGAGUGGGAGUCCAGUGAGGAGAGACUGGACACACAGACGGCCGCUGACCUGGAAGACUCUCUGCUCUUUGAAAAAGUCAUCAUGGACAGUAAUGGCUCCGAGGAGGUAGGGCCCCCGCAGCAGCAGCCCUCCCCUGGACUAGGGGCGGUACCGAUGGGAGGUGUCUCGGAGGGUGAGGAGGAGUGGCAGCUGAAGGAGGAGCUGAUGGGGGCCUUCGAGGGAGCUCUGGACGUGGGCGGUAAACGGAGCGACCUGCGAGGCAUUCGGGUCCUGAAGAACGAGAAGGUGGUGGGCUCCAGGGCCUCGGGGGGACCAUGCUUUGGGAACUGCGAGGACGACGAGGGGGCAGAAUGGAUCACCUUCCAGGUAAAGCGAGUGAAGAAGGCCAAAGCCGAGGGGUCAGAGGUGGUGGGAGGCUUUGACGAGGGCCCCACCUCAGAGACUCUCCCUGUACAGUCUGUUUUAGAGAUCAGUGGGCCCACCAUCCCCUCUCCUGGACCAUCAGGCCGCUGGAGGGACUACCACAGUCUGGGCUGGCCCGGCCCAGAGGAAUGCCAGAGGACCCGGAGAGUGGACCUCACCACUGUAGCAAGCACCUGGCUCGCUGUGUCGGCCAAGAAUAUAGAUAUCACUGAGCACAUAGACUUUGCCACCCCCCUUCAGGAGCCUGCUGCAGAGCCCCUGUGUAAUGCUAACCUGGCAGCUAGCAUGCACACCCUGGACCACCUGGGAGGGGUGGCCAACCGAGCUGCUAUUCACUACACUGGGGAGAGCCAGCUACGAGAGGUGCUGCAGAACUUGGGUAAAGAUAAGUUCCCCCCUCAGUCCUUUGAGCAAGUAGGCACCCGCAUCGCUAAAGUCCUGGAGAAGAACCAGACAUCAUGGGUGCUGUCCAGUAUGGCUGCUCUGUACUGGAGGGUCAAAGGUCAAGGCAAAAGAGCUAUAGACUGUCUGCGCCAAGCCCUCAACUACGCCCCUCACCACAUGAAGGAUGUGCCUCUGAUCAGCCUGGCAAACAUCUUCCAGAAUGCUCGUCUGUGGGAGGACGCUCUGACAGUGGCUCGCAUGGCCGUGGAGAUCGCCCCGCAUUUUGUGGUCAACCACUUCACCCUCGCCAACGUUUAUAUAGCUAUGGAGGAGUUUGAGAAGGCCAUGCGCUGGUAUGAGUCCACACUGAAACUGCAGCCUGAGUUUGCUCCUGCCAAAGACCGUCUGAGGACCAUCCAAUGUUACCUGCUCACCAAGAGGGAGCGCCGGCAACCAUAACCACGACCAAUCCCACUGCAACCGCCAAUGACCCACCCCUCCCCAUCCGGUGUUGCCUGCUCACCAAGAGGGAGCACGGGCGACCAUAACCAUAACCACCUCACCUCAGCCCACCCCUUCCCAUCCAAUGUUACCUGCUCUCCAAGAGGAAGCAUCGACAACUCAAACCACAACCACCCCUCCCACCAACCCACCUCCUCCCCACCCCAGCGGGCGACAAAAUCAGAGCCCACUCAUCUGUAUAGUGCAUAUCACUACCAUUGAAGCUGUCAGAAACGCCCAUCUAAGCUCUUAUCAAAAUGUCUGUGGAACAUUUUAAGUCUCUAUGUUGUCCAGUAGUCUUAAGAACGCUGGGACUUGGUUUUAAUUUUGGUUUCGCUUUUUUAGAAUGGAUUGAAAGGGAAAAUUUUAAAGAGUGUGUGCAUUUUGAUGACAUGCAAACUAAGCUAAUAUAUGUAAGAACUGAUAUAAUUUGCUUCAUUCAGUAGUUUAAGUAAUGCUGAUUGAUGUCUAUGGACUCCCUUGGAUAAGUUUUGUACUUGAAAUGCAUUCACCACAGUAGUAGUUAUGUUAUGCUAAUUAGCGUCGCAUAAUUCUUCAACACUAAUGUCAAUUUGAAAAUAUCCAAAAAUAUCAGUUUAAGGAGAGGGUAUUAUACAAAAUCAAACAUGCCUGAAGAGGUUUUACUCCAUUUUUGCAUGUUCGAGUAAUCCAGCAAUCUCUCCCUGCUCUAUACAAAACCUUCUUACGGGUAGUAGUACAAUCCUGUUCAAUGCUCAGCCCAUAAUCCUGUGUCAUCCAUGUUCCUGCAUGGCACUUUUCCAGUAAUCUGCAAAGCAGGAUACAAAACGGUACAUUACAACUUCACAGACCUGAUGCGAUGUGUAGAGGUUCAUUUAAGUCUAAAUUCCAGUAUUUUUAAGCAUUACAUAACCCUGCUAAUUAUAUCCUUAUUCUAGACUAUUUUGAGUUAGAAUGACUUUAAUUCAGAAUAUGGCUGAGUUGUUUUUACUAGUUUUAUGACACUAAAGUUAAGUUUUCUUUUUGUUUGUUUUUUUUACUGUAUUUUACUGACUUGCCAAGUGCAGUAUUUUCACCAGAAAUGCCUUGAAACAAGUCACAUAAAGUGGUUCUAGUAGAUUUACCAAUUUAAGACAACUCAAAUUAUGCUAUCAUUCUGAAAUCAAGUUCUUUUAACUCACUUUUUCCAUUACAACCGUCAUCAAAAUGUACUCGCUCUUUAUGAUAUCAUUGGGAAGGUCUAAUGCACUGAUCGUAUGUUUGAAUGGGGUAUAAUGAUUUAGCAUUUAAAUAAUAUAACAGUACUGUCUUUAAGCUUUUAACUGAUAAAAGUUGCCACGCAGUAUUUUAAGAAUCAUUUUACUACUGGGAGAAACAUUCAAUUAAUAAUAUGAAUUCUCACCAUUUCAAAUGUCUUUUCCUAAAUUGACCAUUCUUGUGUGGGACCUUGUGUUCAACUAUCUGAUAUAUGCUGCUCCCUUCGUUUGUAAAGGAAUCACACUGCAAAGACUGAUAUUUUUGAGUUAAAAUCAUUUGAGUUACAAAUGUAUCUGCAUUUAAGUAAGGUAAUUAGUUUAGAUUUACUUUCCUACAGGCUCUAUGUAAAAUUGCACUUGAAAUUAGAGCUGCAACAACUAAAUCGAAUUACUCUGACAAAUUGUUUAUCAGAAUACACAAAGACAGCUAUUUUGAUAAAAGUACAUUUCAAAGGCCAAAAUUAAAUGGUUUUACUUGACAGAAAAUCACUCACAAGAUAACUAUUUGAAAUUCAAAUGUUUUUACAUGGAAAUAUUAUUUUUGCAGUGGUCAGACAGGUCCGUGGAGACUGAGGUUGUAUGUACAGUAUUAAAGAGUGUGAUUUUACCUCC